UGUCUGAAAUUGUUUAAUAGAUCAGUUAAAUGAUAACGCUGAUCCUUCGUGUAAAUGGAAUCGUUUUUGAACGGAAAAAUGAAAUUCUUAAAAGGGAUAUUAUAUUUAACAAUAUAUAUAGUUUUCUGGGAGUAUAAACACACUGAGGAGCAGCAAUUAGAGCUUGUACACUGGGAGAAACCCGCGCUAGGACGUACCGAUGGUAACGUUACCCUUGCAACAAAACUAGCGGAAAACUUCGCGGUAGGAACAGUGUUCACGAAGUUAAAAGCCGUAAGUGAACCCGAAGAGUACAUCAUCACGUAUGCAAGCGUUCCAGACACGUUCAGUGUGAACAACACAGGACACGUCACCGUGGAAUUUUCAGCUGCCCUCGAUUAUGAGUUCGUGCGAUCUUAUGUUGUUGCAUUCGAGGCCCGUAACUCUGUUCCGUCGACGGUGACGAUGACGAUAACUAUCGAGGUUGAAGACCGUAACGACAACGCGCCGAUGUUCUCCAACAACCCCACCACCGUCUAUAUUGCACCGGGGCUCGGCAAAGUCAAAGGUUCAGCGGUGACCACAGUAAUGGCGUCCGAUGUUGACGGAAACGUAAACAAUGACUUGACGUAUGCGAUUCAAGCGGGAGACGACACGACGGCCAAGUUCGCUAUCAGAAUGUACCAGGGUGUUAUCACAACAACAGGCGUGGAGUUUGAGCGGGACAAAUACACCCUGGUGGUAACGGCGGUGGACGGGGGUACGCCGCCGCUCACUGGCUCCACCACAGUCAUUGUUGACAUGGGCAACCGUCAGAAAGGGCUUCGGCCAGGCCCGGUCGCUUGGAUAUUUUGUGUUGGUCUUAUUUUAGGCAUCAAAGAUUGUAUCUUAGGAAUUUAAGUUUCAUUCCUUUGUCCAUAUGCCGGUUUUUUACCGCUACAUGAGUAGACGUGUUUUGUUGUGUGUAUUCGUAGGUAUUUUCAUUAAUUGUGUUCUCCAUGACAGAACGUUUAAUUACAUUUGGAACGAAUUCAAGGAACUUGGUCGCAUUUCGAUUUCGUAUAGUUAUAGCUAUCUCUUAUUAAGAUUUUUUAUUUCCGUAUUGAUGGUAUAUAAAUCGGUUAGGUCAAAGCUACACUCGCAGCGGAACUCGUGCCUAAUUUUGACAUGUACCUAUACCAUGACCAAGAUCUAGGUUGGUGGUUUGACAAGAUCACUAUGCAUUUCUAAUGAUUUCACAGUAGCUACUCCGUAUACUACUUUGAUGUUAACAAUUAUAAAGCCCAAAUCACAUUAUAUAUACGAUUGAUCGUCGACUGACGACAACAAAAGGUAUUAUGGUUAAAAAGGAAUAUAGUGUUCAGUGCCAUGAUUGGAUCGGCUUGAUCCCAAUUUCGAAAAAAAAAUAUUGUUCCAAGUCCCGAUUUUUGAUUAUGUUGUUUAAUCAAAUAGUAUGUGCGACAACCCUAAGGCCUGGUCUUAAGUUUACGUUCGUAUCUUUAGUACAGCGAACAUUAGCAACUCAUCGUCAGUCAGUUAAAAAACACUAUUCGUCAAACGUCCCAAAAUCUAAUAUCCCGCUGACCGCUACUGUAGUCAAGGCUAGGCGAACAUAUUCUAUCUUAUCAAGGAUCAGGUAUAAACAGGAAAACACAAAUAGUUGCCUUAUAUGUAACAGCCGAAAGGCAACAGUAGACGCAGGUUAACGUCCCCCCACCCCCUCUCGGUGUCAUCUUCUUUACACUUUGAGUUUUUGAAGCGCAAUUUCGUUAUUUUUCUUCGAUAAAUCGAUGAGUAUUUCCACAAACUUGCCUUCAAUUGCACGAGCUGUCGGCAAUUAAUCCUCACUAGCUGAUGUGGGGGGGGGGCACACCUGGCUUGCGCUCCACUAAAUUUACCGAUGUUUACUUUUUAUUUCAAUAUAGGAGAAAAGAAGUAAAGACGUACGCCAAAAAACCCAUUCUGGAUUAGAAAGUGUUAACAUUUUCUUGGGGGAGUACAACCGAACCCCAAUUUCAACAUUAUAGACUAAAUUAAUUUUGGUUCUGUGGGAGGUGCGCAAGUCAAAAGGUUACACUCCUUAGUUACGCCCCCCUAUAGUAUCAAAUCCUGGUCCGCCCCUGAAACUAAUUUUAUGGCAACGAAGUAAUAGGUAUCUUUAAUAUGCCAGUCUCUUUCCAGUGUCGGUGUUUUGCUUUCAAGUGUUUCAUGUGUUGUUUCUGAGUGGGUGUCUGAAUUUUAAAGGUUCUGCAUACUGUAGUUUCUUUUGAUAAGCGAGGCUGUUUGUAUUAACACGGAUAUGUUAGUGCUAUUAUUUGAUUAUAUAUAUAUAUAUAUAUAUUCAAACAGCAUACUUUCAACUUGGUUGAGAUAAGACCUAUUGAGUAUUUCCUGAAAAAUGUUAUUGUUGUUGCUAUUACCCAUUCUAAACGUAUA